AUGUCACGCGAUAUCAUUUCAAAAGGCUCUUUUGCGCCUGUAAAGCUCGAUGAUUUUCGCAAUGUCCUUAUCCGUCAAGAAGAAACAAUUAUCUUUGCAUUAAUUGAACGUGCUCAAUUUCCGCAUAAUCCAGAGGUUUAUGUAAAUAUGAAAGACAGUAAGAGUGCAGCAUUUGGUGGUCUUCGAGGCAAGUAUACGACCUUUGAUGGUAGUUUACUGGACUUUAUGCUGCUUGAGACGGAGAAAUUACACGCAUUAACACGUCGAUACACAUCUCCGGAUGAGAAUGCUUUCUUCCCUCAUCUUUUACCUGAACCCAUUCUACCCAUUGUGGAUUAUCCGCGUGUCUUAAAUCCCAAUCGGAUUAAUAUCAAUCAUCACAUUAUGAGUGUCUAUCAAGAAAAGAUUCUACCUGGACUUACCAUGGAUGCUAGUGAUGAUACGGUGUACGGAUCUACUGCAACCGCGGAUAUUCCAGUGCUACAAGCGCUGAGUAAGCGGAUUCACUUUGGAAAAUUCAUUGCUGAAGCCAAAUUUCAAGCAGAAACAGAGCGAUACACGAAGCUCAUUCUUGAAAAUGACGCGGACGGAAUUAUGGAGGCACUUACCAAUUUGGAAGUUGAAAAGAAAGUACUUGAGCGCGUAAAGCAGAAAGCCUCGACGUACGGCCAGGAUCCACAGGCCCCAGCUGCGUCGCAGGAAGAGCUGAAAGUCAACCCGCAGCUUAUCUCAGAUCUGUACCGCGACUUUGUAAUGCCUCUUACGAAGGAAGUGCAAGUGCAGUACUUGCUGCAGCGCAUUGCGCACCCGUCGAUUGCUGUUGCGGGCGCCGAGGGAUCAUUCUGCUGGCUAGCCGCACAGGCUCAUUUUGGAGGUGAAGCACUUCAGAAAGAACAGUUCCUACACGUUGAUUCCAUUAGCAAGGUGUUCAACGAUGUUAACGCAAACCGCACGGCCUACGGUGUCGUCCCUAUCGAGGAUUCCCAUUUGGGAAUGAUAAAGGAAACGCAGGCGCAGUUAAUGCGUAGCUCGCUGAAGGUGUCCGCCGAGGUUGUUCUUACGCGCUCGUUUAUUUUUGCGACCAAGGAUAAACAGCUUGUCAAGAACUCUGACGUUAAGAAAGUCUUUUGCUCGACGGAUACUGACGCACAGCUACUCACUCUGGCGGAGCAGAAAUGGCCAAGUGCACAGAUAGUUUCUGUUCCCAAUGCUUUCGAGGCAGCGAGUCUGGCGUUCAACGAAGUGGCAACGGUAGCAGUCACUACAUUGGGCGCCGCAGAGUCUAAAGGUUUGCAGCAGGUUGACACGAGCCAUGCGUUGGCGUCUGAAGCUAAUGUUAUGGAAGGAAUGCCGUCCUUCAUCCGCUUUGUGAUUGUUUCCAAGGGCUACCCCGCGGCUACCGGAAAUGACAAGUCAUGUCUGAGUAUGGGGAUCGAGCAUCAUGUGGGCUCUCUGCUCAAUGCGCUGGAUGUAUGGAAGAACCACGCAAUCAACCUCACAAGCCUCGAGUCUAUCUACCGCCAAGAGCAGGGUGGCUACGAUUUUUUCGUGGAAAUCGUGGGCCACUUUGACGACGUUUGUGUGCGACAGGCUGUUGAAGAGCUACAGUCAGUUUGUGCCGUUAAGCACCUUGGCUCGUUUCCCAUUGCGAAGCGCCUUAUCCAGAGCUAA